AUGCCUUUCAUUUCCGGUAUAAUCGAGAUGGCUUCCACUACAACUACUCCAACACUGCUAUUCGAAAGGAUGAUAUCUCCUCGCAAUAUGAUACCUCAAUUGCCUCUAGGCAAGCCUGACUUACAAAAUCAGACCUACGUUCUGAGCAAAGAUAUGCAGCCAAUUAUUACAGCCAAUCCUGACAACCACAAGCGGAAGCGCCUCACAAACGGUAUCCAACAAUCACCAAAAUACCAAGGAGCAUCCCAACUGCGACGGCCAGCAAAAUUGAGAGCAAGUCCGGAAAUGUCAGUCAAAGUCAUCCACCAUCAAGAAAUAAGCACAUCAGCCACGCAUCCCGAGCUUCAAAAAUGGAGCGUUGAAAUUGAAGAAGCGAGACGAGCGCAUGCUCGAGUGGAAGACAAUCAGCCAGAAAACCCAAUACUGGAAAACGGAAGGCCACGGUUCUAUUUCUCAACAUACCAGAUGCUGCUUCCCAGUAAUGCUAUGGUCAAACAUCUGGAGGCGAGUGAAAAGUACAAACAAGAUAUGAAGGAAUCAAAACGUGAAUGGCGAAGCCAGGUCAUAGCAUGGAGGCUCAAGAGAAACAUCGGACUUCGGGACUGGGAGUGGAGCUUGGGCGAACCUUUUGAAACUGAGCCGACUAUUGAAAGUGACAAUGAGCAAAGUAUAGAGGAAAUGUCGAAGGCUGCACCACGUCGACCACGCUCUGACAAAGACAAUAAGAUAUAUGCGAAAGCGAGGGAUGCCGAGGAGGACACCAACACGCAACUGAGUGCAACCUCAGCACCACCUAAAACGCAGUCAUACUCUCAACGCGUUCGCAAAUUCAGUUACUCUCGGGCUUCCGACCCAUUGUUUCGAGGAAAGCGAUGGACAUACUCACGCCGUAAAGGACUCGAUUGCGAACCUGGAUACUAUCCAGAUGAGAUCAGCGCAGAAGAUUUGGCUUACGUGCCAGGGGAGGAAGAAUUGUUUGACGAGAGAAGUACGGAAGAGGAGGAGGAGGAAAUGUUUGAUGACAGGAGCACAGCGUGUUCUGAGCAACCUACCAAUACGCAGAAGUUCGCAAGAAGGACUAUAAGCUUGGACUGA